AUGGCGUCCAAGAUGGCGGCGCUGCAGCGCUACAUGGCCGGUGGGGACAAGGAAGAGAAGAAGAAGAAGCGCAAGGCGAAGAGCUCGCAUGUGGGCAUGCGCGUGAUCGACGACGAUGACGACUGGCGCGAGCUUGCGCCAAAGGGCAAGAAGACCGACUUGUGGCAGAACGAGACAGGCGAGGUGGAUGAAGACUUGCCGAUGGUCGUCGACACGGACUACGACCCGGAGAAUCAGCCCGUCGUCACCAACGCCGACGAGUUCUUCGAGCGCGAGCGCGCAGAAGAGCUCGAGCAGCAGUGGCAAGUGGACGAAGCCAACGCCCGUCGCGCCAAGGCAGCAGAGCCCGAUGCAUCGCCUCCGCGCAAAGCGACGACGCAUCACCACCCCGGCGUCGUCCAGCGGACCGCGGCGAUGCAUCGCCUCCGCGCCGGUCCCGAUUCAGCCAAGUCGCCUCACCCCCUCCGCGAUCUCGCCAGGAUGCGUCUCCUCCGCGCCAGCAACGCGAAGAUGCUUCACCGCCUCGCCGAUCCCGUCAAGAUGCGUCUCCUCCGCGCCGGCAACGCGAGUCUUCGUCGUCGCAGCGCGACGCUUCGCCGCCUCGUGCCUCCAAGCGCGAGAGUGCACCGUCAUCGCCGCCACCGCAAGAUGCCUCGCCUCCGCGCCGCCGUUCGGAUCAUCGUCGACGGGAUGCCUCCCCCUCGCCUCGACGCCGACGUUCGAGAAGCAAGCGCCGGUCCCGAUCCGCGUCGCCCCGUCGACGACGAAGCCGCGACCGGUCGCCCCGCCGUAGUCGUCGCAGCCGAGACCGGUCGCCGUCCCCUCGUCGUCACCGGCGUGACAGCCCGUCGCCACGCCGUGACCACCGGGGCUCGGGUCGGUCUCGCAGCCCUCGCCCUCGCCGAUCCCGCAGCCCUCGCCGAUCCCACAGCCCUCGCCGAUCCCACGCACAGUCGCCACCUCUAGUGGCGCCUCGGACCGAGAUCAACGACGAUGCGGACGAUGCGCC